CAAAAUUUAAAUUUGAUAACAUAUCAAAUUAAAGAAAAGUUAGAUGAAUAUUGGCCAAUUAUGCAAGAAACUACUAAGAUUGCUGCUUUUUUUGAUCUGCACUUUAAAAGAAUAGUUUAUCAUAAACAAUCAUAUCAAUUUAUUCAAGAAUAUGCUAAUACAUAUAUGCCAAUUACAGGUUCAGAUUCUGAUGAGCUUAUUCAAUAUUGGGAAACAAUUGCACCACCUGAAGAAAUUUUU